AUGGCGCUGGUGGCGUUGGUGGCUGGGGCUCGGCUGGGGCGGCGGCUGAGCGGGCCGGGGCUGGGGCGAGGGCACUGGACGGCGGCCGGGCGCUCCCGGAGCCGGCGCGAAGCGGCAGAAGCCGAGGCGGAGGUGCCCGUGGUCCAGUACGUGGGCGAGCGCGCUGCCCGCGCCGAUCGCGUCUUCGUGUGGGGCUUCAGCUUCUCGGGGGCGCUGGGCGUGCCUUCCUUUGUGGUGCCAAGCUCCGGGCCCGGGCCCCGCGCCGGCGCCCGACCGCGCCGCAGGAUCCAGCCCGUGCCCUAUCGCCUGGAGCUGGACCAAAAGAUUUCAUCUGCUGCUUGCGGCUAUGGAUUCACACUGCUGUCCUCUAAGACUGCGGAUGUUACGAAAGUCUGGGGGAUGGGACUCAACAAAGAUUCUCAGCUUGGAUUUCACAGGAGCCGGAAAGAUAAAAUGAGGGGCUACGAGUAUGUGUUGGAGCCCUCACCCGUCUCCCUGCCUCUGGACAGACCUCAGGAGACACGGGUGCUGCAGGUCUCCUGCGGCCGAGCUCACUCUCUUGUGUUGACUGACAGGGAAGGAGUCUUCAGCAUGGGAAACAAUUCUUAUGGGCAAUGUGGAAGAAAGGUGGUCGAAAAUGAAAUUUACAGUGAAAGUCACAGAGUCCACAGGAUGCAGGACUUCGAUGGCCAGGUGGUCCAGGUCGCCUGUGGUCAGGAUCAUAGUCUUUUCCUGACGGAUAAAGGAGAAGUCUAUUCUUGUGGAUGGGGUGCUGAUGGGCAAACAGUAGAGACAGGGUUUCGCCAUGUUGACCAGGCUGAUCUCGAACUCCUGACCUCAAGUGAUCUGCCCAUCUCAGCCUCUGAAAGUGUUGGGAUUACAGGUCUGGGUCACUACAAUAUCACCAGCUCGCCCACCAAGCUGGGUGGAGACCUGGCGGGAGUGAACGUUAUCCAAGUUGCCACCUACGGUGAUUGCUGCCUGGCCGUGUCCGCCGACGGAGGACUUUUUGGUUGGGGAAACUCGGAGUACCUGCAGCUGGCCUCUGUCACGGACUCCACACAGGUGAAUGUGCCCCGCUGCUUACACUUCUCAGGAGUGGGGAAGGUGCGACAGGCUGCGUGCGGUGGCACGGGCUGUGCAGUGUUAAACGGAGAAGGACAUGUUUUUGUCUGGGGCUAUGGAAUUCUUGGGAAAGGUCCAAACCUAGUGGAAAGUGCCGUCCCCGAAAUGAUUCCACCCACUCUCUUUGGCUUGACGGAGUUCAACCCAGAAAUCCAGGUUUCCCGCAUCCGAUGUGGACUCAGCCACUUUGCUGCACUGACCAACAAAGGAGAGCUGUUUGUAUGGGGCAAGAACAUCCGAGGGUGCCUGGGAAUCGGUCGCCUGGAGGACCAGUAUUUCCCAUGGAGGGUGACGAUGCCUGGGGAGCCUGUGGACGUGGCAUGUGGCGUGGACCACAUGGUGACCUUGGCCAAGUCAUUCAUCUAAACCUCCCUCACCUGCUUGGGCGGCCCCGUCCCGGGAACCACUGGCACUCCUUGGCAGAGGCCAGCGCGUGGCCAGCCCCCCGGGGUUCUUGGAUGGUGGCGGAGGACCCUGCGUGCAGUGUGACGCUCUGUCCUGAAUCCCUUAGCGGGUACCUACCAGGAGGAUCAGGGCAAGGUCCCUCUCCAGUUGCAGGUGAGGCCUGCGGAACUCAGCUUGGAUGGCAGCCUUUGGUGGGCCGCUGUGGCCCGCACGUCUCUGUUCUCUCCAAGUAACAUGCGACGGUGUCUGGUGUCACGUCUCGCCUGAGAAGCCCGUCUUAGGAAAGCUUAGCUUGAACACAGUGCUCGGGAGGUUUCUGCUCUGUCUGUCAUGGCAGUCUCUUGGUUUGUGUCUGGCCAAGGCCAUGCGUGUGCCUCGGACCGAGCCCCAGCUUAGGCGAGGGAGUCAGGCUGGCUUCCGCCCUCGGUUUUCAUUCAAGCCACCCUGCUCAUGGCCCUUCCUGGCCGCCUGCCACACCGCAAGCUCACUGGGGGGACACUAGAAGCACCGUGGCCUGGGAUUCCAUCUGGAGCUGUCCGCAGGUGCCAGCCCCAGCCUCCUACCACGCUCACUGCCUGGCUUGGAAAAGUUAAGAAGCCCCUCAGGAAGAGAAUCGAGGCCAAGUUCCUCUGCGCCGAGGGCCCCGAGCAUAUCCGCCAAGGCUCAGCUGCAGUGCCAGGCGGAGGAGGAAGAUCCAGAAAUUGUGAACAAUGUUUGAUUUAGUAGCGUGACUUGCCUUUCCCUUUAAAAACAUCUUUUACAAAUCUGUCUUGGAAUAAAGUCUAUUUUCUGCCUUUUGGUUUUUAA